AUGAAAACCUCAAAUUCCUUCCUCCUCACACUCUACACAACACUAACAAUCCUUGCCCUAACACCACAACCCUCCCUCUCACAAUCCAUCAUAGACCAAUUCUACCAAUGCAUAAACCUAAACUCUGAUCUCGCCGUCCCCUUCUCCUCCUCCUUCUACUCCGCCGACAACUCCUCCUUCUCCGCCGUCCUCGAAUCCACCGCCCAAAACCUCCGGCGACUCGUCCCCUCCGUCCCCAAACCCCUCCUCAUCUUCACCCCCUUCAUCGAAAACCAAGUCCAAGCCACUGUCACCUGCACCCGAGCCCUGGGCCUCCUACUCCGAGUCCGGAGCGGAGGCCAUGACUACGAAGGCCUCUCCUACUCCUCCGAGUCGAAAGACGAGCCCUUCGUCCUCCUCGACCUCUCCCGAUUGCGGUCGAUCACCGUCGACCCAAACGAAAAGACCGCGACACUCGAGCAGAACGCGACCAAAAUCCUCGCCAGGUGGCAGCAAGUCGCCGACACGAUCGACGAGGACCUCUUCCUCCGAGUCAUCAUACAGAGGAGCAAAAACACGAUUUCGAACCUUUACAACGCGGUUUUUUUCGGCAAGGCAGAGAGGCUGAUUCGGGUGAUGGACGAGAGCUUUCCCGAGCUCGGGCUUAAGAGAAAGGACUGCACGGAAAUGAGCUGGAUCGAGUCGAUUAUGUACAUCACGGGCUACCCGAGCGGGACUCCACCCGAGACCCUACUUCAGGGAAAGUCUCUAUUCAAGAACUACUUCAAGGCAAAGUCGGAUUACGUAAUGAAUGCCAUCACGGAAGAAGGGCUCGAGGGCCUUUGGACGAGACUGUUAGACGAGGAAACGCCGUUGAUGAUACUCACGCCUUACGGAGGCAUGAUGAGCCGGAUUCCGGAAGACGAGACACCUUUUCCGCAUAGAAAAGGAGUUAAGUACAUGAUACAGUAUGUGACCACAUGGAAUGACGAUAAGCCCGAAUCUCAGGCCCGACACAUGGAUUGGAUCAGGAGAGUAUACAACUACAUGGGCCCACACGUGUCAAUGUUGCCAAGACAGGCUUAUGUGAACUAUAGGGAUCUUGAUCUGGGGAUGAACAAGAAUGGGACGAGCUUCAUUGAGGCGGCCUCGUGGGGCGCGAGGUAUUUCAAGGAUAAUUUCGACAGGCUUGUGAAGGUGAAGACUAUGGUGGACAAGGAGAAUUUCUUCAGACACGAGCAGAGUAUUCCAAUUCUGCCAUUGAUGCGUGAGAGGAGAAGCGGAAAGACUGUGUUUCACUGA